AUGGCUUCAACUUUGUAUGCGGAAGAUUUGUCUUGCUCUAUUUGUCUGACUAUCUUCACUGAUCCGGUAAUCCUUAUCUGCGGCCACUCUUUCUGCAGAGAAUGCAUUACACUGUCUAUGAGUUCACAGCACCAGUGUCCACAGUGCCGGGCACCGGUUCCAACAGAAGGGAAAAAUCUUCUAACCAAUCACAUUUUAAAAAGUCUGUCUGAAAAAGCGAAAGAAGCUGAGAAGCUAAAGAAAGAAUAUGGAAAUGACAAAGAGGUGGCUGAGUGGUUGUGCCCUGAACACGAAGAAAAGCUGAAAUUAUUCUGCAUCACUGAGCAAAGGUUAACUUGUGUCAUAUGCCGAGAUGGGGAGAAGCAUGAAGGACACAAGUUUAAACCAAUCAAAGAAGCAGCUGCAUCUCUGAGACAAGAGCUGGAGACAUUUGUGCAACUUGCAUCUGAUGAUAUCCAUGUGAUAGAAAGCCAAGCCAACACACAGAGGGAAGAAAUAACAAAAACCAAAGAGAAGUCUCAGCAGCUGGAGACACAAAUCUGCAAACAGUUUGAGGAGAUGCACCAGUUUCUGAGGAAGAGAGAGGAUGAGAUUAAGAAUGAGCUGAAACACAAAGAGGAAGAUGACGUUGCAAAAAUGAGUGGGAGCUUAAAUGUGAUAGAAACAGCUUUGUCUGAGAGCAGAGAACUGCAGGGAAAGGUGACAUCAGUUCUAAAAAUUGAAGACUCAGGGAGGUUUUUAAAGACCUUGACUGAAGGUAACAACAUCGUGGCUGCAAGGAGCUCGUUUAGGCCCAGAGCAAAUGAUCUCCAAGUGAUGAAUGAUUCUCUCUCUUUUGGGCCUUAUGAAAGCCACCUGCAGUUCUUUGUGUGGAAGGAGAUGCUUCAGGUGAUCCAGCCCAGAGCAGAGCUGCUGUCACUCAGAAAUUUUAAUAGAAAAUUAAAUGUGUCUGAAGAUCAGCGCAGUUUGUUUGUUUGCCCAACUCGAUCAGGUCUCUCAUCUGGCUCUUUUAAGUCUAAGCAAUUUUUCUUAGGUCUAAAUGAUCUAACCUCUGCAGAAAGUACCAACCAGUUCACCUCUGGGCAGCAUUACUGGGAGAUAGAUGUUGGACAAAGGAAUUAUUGGGAACUAGGGGUAAAAAUGAAUUUCCUGCGAUGUGAUGGCACAAAAUAUUUUGUCUGCAGUCAAAAUACAUCUACAGCUCUAACAUUUGCAGCCAGACCUCGAAAAAUUGGGAUUUACCUGAACUGCUCCUCUAAAGAGCUCUCCUUCUAUGACGCAGACAACAUGACACACAUUCACACUAUGAGCUCUAGUGAUAUGUCCAUGCCAGUGUCAGCAUAUUUUAAUGUUGAUUACAAUGAUCAAGUUCAUACCCCUCUGACAGUGUGCUGGUACUGA